AUGAGUCUAAAAGUCUCUCAAGCCACAUCUCGUGUCACCUUCCACGAGCCACUAAUGGCUAGCCACCACCAGCAAUGGAUGACUCGAUACUCUCGAGUUUAUAGGGAUGAGCUCGAGAAACAGAUGAGAUUCGAUGUGUUCAAGAAAAACUUAAAAUUCAUUGAGAACUUCAAUAAGAAUGGGAAUAAGACUUACAAGCUUGGUGUCAACGAGUUUGCGGAUUGGACCGAAGAGGAGUUCAUUGCCACUCACACCGGUCUCAAGGGCAUCAACGAAACUCCAUUCUCCGAAUUUGUCGACGAAAUGAUACCAUCUUGGAAUUGGAACGUCAGUGAUGUCGCCCGUGAGACCAAAGAUUGGAGAUACGAAGGAGCUGUAACACCUGUUAGAUACCAAGGCCAAUGCGGAGGUUGUUGGGCGUUCUCAGCCGUCGCAGCGGUGGAAGGUGUGACAAAGAUUGCUCGAGGCAACCUCGUAUCAUUGUCUGAACAACAGCUUCUAGAUUGCGACAGAGAGCAUAACCACGGUUGCAGCGGCGGGAUAAUGUCAGACGCUUUCACCUACAUAGUCAAAAACCGAGGCAUUACGUCAGAGCAAGCGUACCCUUUUCAAGAAAGAGAGAGCGUGUGCCGGUACAACGGGAGACCAGCCGCAUCGAUCCGAGGGUUCCAGACCGUUCCAAGCAACAACGAGCGUGCGUUGCUAGAGGCGGUUUCGAGACAGCCUGUCUCAGUGUCCAUUGACGCAGAUGGACCCGGUUUCAUGCAUUACUCAGGGGGAGUGUACGAUGAGCCGUACUGUGGGAUCAACGUGAAUCAUGCAGUGACGUUCGUAGGGUACGGGACGAGCCCAGAAGGGAUCAAGUAUUGGCUGGCUAAGAACUCUUGGGGUGAGACUUGGGGAGAGAAUGGUUACAUUAGGAUCCGUAGAGAUGUCGAGUGGCCUCAAGGCAUGUGUGGUGUGGCUCAGUAUUGUUUUUAUCCGGUUGCAUAA